GGUAACGUAAAAAUCUCCAAGACAUUCAAUGAUGUUGAUCAGAGUUUAAGAACAGUCAGUUUCUCUUUGAAAACCAGUUUGAAACAAACUGUCAGUGACUUGGUUACCAAAGUGAUUCCGUUAGCUAAAGAUUUUCUAACAACUGCAGAAAACCUUAAGGAAUUGUACAAGAAUGGUCCUCAGUCCACACACAAAAUGUUAUCCAACAUUUUAGAAAAUGAGUCCACCGUUCCAGAUUCGGCUAAAGAUGUAUUGAAACUUAUUUCCCCACAAUUUGACGUGGAUGAAUUAAUCAAUAAUAUAUUUGACAAACCUUUCAAUACAAAAACAUUGAAGGAGAAAAAGGCCAAAGCUCAAAGAAAACUUAUUGAUCUGUCAAAGCACAUGGACAUCGCAAUAAGCAAUAUCGACUGUUUUAUUCUGUCUGCCAUGUCUGCGGUAGGCAUAGGAGCGGACACCUUAAAACUGCUGAAAUCUGGUAGAGUGAUUAUGAGUGAUAAACAUCCUAGAGCAAAGGCACUGAGAGACGCCGUGGGAAUAAUUAAAUCAGGAAAAAAAAUCCGAAAUAAUGACAAAGGGUUUGCACCAACGUCGACAUCUGAUGGCGCUACUGAAAAAGACGAAGAUGAUGAUGAUGAGGAUCCAGACGCAGUUGCUCAGAAAGAUGAAGAAUUUUUAAAAACUGUACCUGACCUAGACGAUAUACCUGUACCAAAAAAAGUCAAAAACAAGAGACAGUCGUUGGGUGUAAUUGUUGUGCAUCCAGACAAACAGAUUGAGUACAAAGAAGUGAAAGACACUUCACAACUGAAACAAUUUGUUGGAGAGCAGACAAAAAAAUACAAAUGGCAAUCCAAAAUUAAACAUCCCAAAUUUUUAAAACUUAAUAGUAAACAAUUAAUCAACAAUAUGGUUGAGGAUGUUAAGAAAAAGGCUGAGAGAAAUGGAAUGAGCAAAAAAGAAAUGGUACAAGAAAUAAUAAAUAAUUUGAAGAGUAAUUGAACGUAGGUAUUUAAGAUUAGAAGUUUUAACGAAUGUUUUUUUAUUAUUAUUUAUAGAAAUGCUGUUAUUACUUUAAAGAGUUUAUAAAAUUUGUAUUUAAUAAUUUUAAUAUUUUUAACUCUUAGUUCAUAAUGAAAUCGUUAAAAAUAUACAAUUUUUGUAUGAAAAAUAA